GUCGAAGUCGACUAGUCGAGUCUGAAGCGCAAUGGUUGCCUACUGAGGGAGAUAAUGCGGUUGCUGUUGAACUCUCAACGGUCUGUCAAAAUGUCUCUUUUAAGACUCUGUUCCUUUCCGAAAUGUCUGGCUGGUAGACUCGUGGCCGAGAGAAACGUCCGCCACCUACUGAAUGUCGAGCACUGUCUGCUCUGCCUCAGGAACAGGAGUCAUUACGAGAGAGGAAUACGAGACAACCCAUGGACAUCACAGAGAAGACAGUACUCCGCUAUUCCAAAGAAAGAUGAUGGAAACAAACGAAUGUGGGAACAGUCACAUUUAUUAGAUGUUCUUGAAGCUCGGAUCCAGCAGUUACAGUCCGAUGUCCUUUUCGAUGUGAAACAUUCAAAGGUGGAAUUUCUCAAAAUGCCGCAGAGAGACAAAGGACCUUCACCCAGUAAGAGUCAGAAGACACGACCGGGAGAGAAGACAGAACUUCCAAAAGCUGGACCGUCCAAUAAAAAAGGAGCUACUACAGACAAUCCAUCCACCAAAACUCAUACAAGCCGCUGGUUUGAGAAGCUUAAUCGUGAGAAGUGGAAUAGAACUUCAAAACAAUCUUCUCUUCAGCAGAAUGUCCCUGACAAAUUAGCGAAAAGCAGCAAGGGGAAAAGCAACAAAAAGCAGCAAACAAUGAAAAGCAGCAAGGGCAGUAUGAUGCUUCCGGGCUCAUCUAUGAAGUCCAUUUCAGCAGUCAAAAGAAGCAAACCAGUAACCAAACAAGAGCAUGCAAAACCUGCCGCCUCCCCUGUAUCUCAUUCCAUGCCAAAAGCCUCUGAAAGUCCCGUCAAUGAAGCCAUUCCAGUUCCUGAAGAACUUUCUAGGGAUGCGGAGUUGGCUGAGGUUGAAGAGCUCGAGCAGAUGAUCAAACAGUGGAGCUCAACCGGGACCGAGAAGGUUAUAGAAGUUAAGGAGGUGAAUCGUGAUGCUGAUACCCAGCUGAAUGUCUGCUGCCACUUGGAGGUGUGUGUGUUUAUGGGGGAUUUGGAGCGAGCCCAGCGCUACCUGCUCUUCCACCAUCAAAACCUCUUCAAACGCAAGACACUCACUGUCAGCUCCUACAACAUCAUGAUGAGAAUGUGGGCCAAGAAGGGAUCUCUUCAUCACAUACGUCAGUUGUUCUUUCUAGUGGAGGAAGCAGGACUGAAGCCCAACGUGGCCUCCUACUGCGCUGCCCUAGAGUGCAUGGGCCGUAACCCAGAAAGCUCUUCACGGGUCAUUAGCAGGUGUCUGCAGCAGAUGGAGGAGGACGGCCUGAGUGUGGAUGAUGUGUUUAGGCAGUGCGUGUUCAGACAGGAUGAAAGAGACAUGGUGCUGAAGGCUGUUCGCACAGUGCGGCCUGACUAUGAGCCAUCCGUGACGACAGAAAACACUCUGUGCUCCCUGCCUCUGGUCAAGGACUACUACACACAGAGAGAAGAUGUCAGAUAUCCUAAACUGGACUUCAGUCUGGCAGACCUGCAGGACCGCUUCAAGCGUCAGCUUGCUCUGGAGCAGGCCAACACCAUCACCAUAGACUCUGUGGAGACCAUGAAGCCUGUCAAGGAAAACACUAUCCGAAUGAGGAAACUGUUAGCAGAGCAACGUGCCCACUGGCAAAAAAAUCUGCUCCGGGCUCUGAGAGACAGCAAACUGAUUUUAGGCAAAAGCAAACUGAGGAACUGGAAGACAGACAUCUACCCGUUCCUGUGCAUCCUUCGCGAUGAGGAUUACGUCAACAUCAUGCUGCAGGGUUUGGCCAAACUACCGCCCAGCGGAGAUUCUCUGCUCAACAUGGCGAGGGAGCUGGGCACUGCAGUCCACAACAUCUUCUGCAUCCAGCAGAAGAGUCACAGCCAGGUGGUUGAGAAACUAGCCUGCAUCUACAAUUCAUACACUGAGCUACUUGCUAAAGACACAAAGUCAAGCAGCGUCUUGCCACGGGAACAAUGGAAUAGGCUGGAGGCGGAGAGAAGCGCUGGCCCCUCCCUGCUGAGUGACGACAUGUCCUGGAAACAUGUGUUGAUCAUUCAGCUGGGUAGCUUCCUGGUGGAUCUGCUGGUGCAUGAACUCAAAAUCCAAAACAACAUUCUGAACCCGGCUCAGGAUAAGAAACUCAUCCCUGCGCUCUAUCACAUGUACACCUUCCGCAGCAAUCGACAGAUUGGUUUUAUCAAGCCGCACCCGAUCUUGACGCAAAUCCAGUUGGAAGCCAUGGAGACCAAGCUGACCUUUGACUCCUAUGUAAUGCCCAUGCUGUGUCCACCUGUACCCUGGACGUCACCGAAGAGCGGAGCUUACCUGCUGACGCCCACCAAGCUGAUGCGCACAGUGGAGGGAGCCAUCCAGCACCAGCACCUGCUGGAGAAGUGCCGGAAUGAGGACCUCCACGCCGUGCUGGACUCCCUCAACCAGCUGAGCAGCUGUGCCUGGAAGAUCAACAAGCCCCUCCUAGACAUCAUCAUCUCCAUCUUCAACGACAAGGGCAGUGAGAAGCUGGAUGUCCCACCGCCGGUGUCGGAGGCCCCUGAAAUCCCCCGGUUUAAUCCUCAUGACCCAUCCUACACACCUCAGGAGAAGGCCCACAUGAAGCGGGAAGUGUUAAAGGCCAAAAAGAAGUUUGGAGAGAUGCACAGCCUGCGUAUGGAUGCACUCUAUAAGCUGUCCAUUGCCAACCAUGUGAGGGACGAGGUCUUCUGGUUCCCUCACAACAUGGACUUCAGAGGCCGCACAUACCCCUGCCCACCAUACUUCAACCACUUAGGCAGUGAUGUGACAAGAGCCAUCCUGCUGUUCGCUGAGGGCAAGCCUCUUGGUCCUAAAGGCCUGGAUUGGCUGAAGAUCCACCUGGUGAACCUCACAGGUCUGAAGAAGCGCAGCUCGCUGGCUGGGAGGCUGGAAUAUGCCAACAGCAUCAUAGAGGACAUCCUUGACUCAGCAGACCAUCCUCUCACUGGGAGGAAGUGGUGGAUGGAUGCUGAUGAGCCCUGGCAGACUCUUGCCUGCUGUAUGGAAAUAGCAAAUGCCUCCAGAUCACCUGACCACACCAAGUUCAUCUCCCAUUUCCCUGUACAUCAGGAUGGCUCCUGCAAUGGCCUGCAGCACUAUGCAGCGCUGGGCCGUGAUGUGAUUGGAGCCACAUCAGUGAACCUGAUGCCCUGUGAGUUACCCCAGGACGUCUACAGCGCUGUAGCCCAGCAGGUGGAGGAGUUCCGGGUGAGGGAUGCGGCCAAGGGCCUGAAGAUCGCACAGGUGCUGGAGGGCUUCAUCAGCAGGAAGGUGGUGAAGCAGACGGUGAUGACGGUGGUAUAUGGCGUCACGCGCUACGGAGGAAGACUGCAGAUCGAAAAGCGUCUCAAGGAGAUCGAUGACUUCCCCAAGGAACAUAUAUGGGACGCCUCUCACUACUUGGUGCAUCAGGUCUUCAGUAGCUUGAAGGAAAUGUUCACAGGCACGAGAGAAAUCCAGGAUUGGCUAACGGAGAGCGCAAGACUAAUAGCCAAGUCCGGCAGCACUGUGGAGUGGGUGACCCCACUCGGACUGCCCAUCGUCCAGCCCUACCAUCGUGCUAGGAGCCAUGUGCUAAAGAGCAACAUUCAGUUCCUGAGUCUCCAGAUAAACUACGACAUCCAUGAGAGACCAGACACUGUAAAGCAGAAGAAUGCCUUCCCUCCAAACUUCAUCCACUCUUUGGACUCCACCCACAUGAUGCUAACUGCACUCUACUGCUACAGUGCUGGCAUCACAUUCGUAUCCGUGCACGACUGCUUCUGGACCCACGCUCUCACAGUAGACACCAUGAAUAAGGUGUGUCGUGAGCAGUUUGUGGCCCUCCAUAGUCAGCCCAUCCUCCAGGACCUUUCCAAGUUCAUGCUGCAGAAAUAUUGCUCAGGACCAGUGGGUGAAAGGCAGAACAAGAAGUUUCUGGAGUACUGGAAGAUGAUGCAGCUGCUGGCAAAGGUUCCACAGACAGGUGAUUUUGAUCUGCACAGAGUGAAGGAAUCCACCUAUUUCUUCAGCUGAAGUGAGUGAUGGGCCUCCACAGACUGAGCCAGAGUGUUGUGCGGAUUUGCCCCAUGUAGACAUGCUGGGCAGAGAGACUUCACCAGGCAAAUAGCUCAUCAGACUGAACAGGCACUUCAGACUGAGCAAUCAGUUGCUACUGGUGCUGCUGCUACUGUUGUUAUGGCAUCCACAGGUGCUGGACAGUUCUAGACGUGUGAUUGUGAGAGGGAGAGAGUGAGUCAGGCGGGCAGGUACUGUAUAGCCCUGUAGAUGUGUGUGCAAAUGCUGACUUGGCAAGGUGUGUUUGGGGUUGUGUUUUCUGAAUGGUGUGUCUGAGCGAGUGUGUGUGGGUGCUCAGUCUGCUUUUUCUCCUCUUUGUAAAGACAACUCGGCUAAGUCCUCAUAGAGCGUGAUCAAGGAGUCUGUAUAUACAGAACUGUGACAAAGUCUCAGCACAGAAAAUUGAAUUUAGUGAUGUUCAAAUGCACUAUAUGCCUUACAUUAAUACAGUAAUUAAUUGCAGUAAUUAAUUAAUCUUCUAGACAGCUCACAACAAAGCAAUCACUUCUGAAAAAACAAUUUCUUUUUAAUGUUUACUGAAUUAAACAUGUAAGUCUGAUUCUUCAGAUUCAGUUUAAUUAGAAUUCAGUGCAUCACAAAAUCUCAAAUUUCAUCUUGAUUCCAUUGGAUACAAUUUAGCAGUGCAAUAUAGACAGAAACAUUUGCGAAUAAAUAAAUAAAUUGAUUAUUGUAAUCUGUAUAAUGAAUACAGCCAAUGUGUGUGAGGUAUGUGAGUGCAUCUGCUGCACAGGAGACAGAAGGGAACAGUCAGCAUUUAUAAUCUUUCUGCAUUAGCAUUUCAAUCAUUUAUAAUGCCUUCGAUUUUGACAGUUGACGGACUGUAUAAUCUUUUUCAGUCAAAAUUUUCAGGCUUAUUUAACUUUCAGUCGAAUUUCGUCCAUUUUUGGCAGUUUUGGCCUUAAUUUCAGUGCAUCCCUAAAUAAUUACAAAAUUACUGGUAUAUAACAAUAAUAAUAAUCAUGCAGUUAUUUAUCUGUAUUCUGAUGUCAUAACUUGUUUUUCCAAAGCAAAAUUACUGCACAUACAAGUAGGUUUAAACAGUUGUCUUGGCUGGCCUAAGACUUUCGCACAGUGCUGUAUGUUGUGUGUGUACAUGUUUGUGGUGCAGGGCAGGACUCAUGAUCCACUCCUCCACUCCUGAGGACUAACACCAGGCUGAUUGAGCACACGGGUCGGUGUCUCAUCGAUCUGUGCUUCCACACCCAAAGGCCCCCACUCUGCCAUUUCUACUCAGUCUUCAUUCACCCCAUCAUCCUAUGGCAACCUGCUGCUCUCGCUCUCAGAACAAGGUAUGGAAGUAUGGAAAAGCAGAAAGGAUGAAUACUGACCUCUUGUGAAUGUUGUGGACGCUGUUCAGAGAGACUCCCUCAAAAAGACACUCAGUAGGCACUUCAUGGAAUAGACUCAUUUUGUGAAUUUUGCCUUUUCUUUUUGGCAGACAUAAGUGGUGUAAUAUAUUUUUGUGCAGAAGUCAGAUCUAAUCAAAAUGUAUAAUAUAAAUAAAGUAUUUUUUAUGCUA